GAGCCACGCGGAGGAUGCGAUGCCAGUCGUGGCGUUCGACGACGGCCACCUCGGCAGCGGCGAGGACGCGGCCCCGACACUGUUCAUGAGGGACUCGCUGCACAGGUACACGGGCGCGGAGGUGUUGACCUGCAAGGGGGCGGCGCACACGCGCAGCGCCGACGUGCUGGUGGAGUUCGUGGUCAACGGCGGCUACAAGAAGGUGGUCUUCAGGUGCGACAACGAGCCGAGCAUCGUCGCCCUGAGGGACGAGGCCGGCAAGCGGCUCAAGAAGGACCACGGCGUGGAGUGCUUGCUGGAGACCUCGGCGGUUGGAGAGUCACAGUCGAACGGUCUAGCUGAAGGGGCUGUCAGGGAUAUGCAGGGCCUGACGAGGACCCUCAAGCACGCGGUGGAGGAGAUGCACGGAGUCACGAUCGGCCCGAAGCAUCCGUGCCUGCCGUGGAUGGUGAGGCACGGCGCAGCAGUCCACAAUCGAGGUCAAGUGGGCUCGGGCGGGCGCGCGCCGUACGAGUUGAGGAAGGGGCGCGCUUGCAAGAGGGCGCUCCCGGCGUUCGGUGAGAAGGUGUUCUACCUGCCAGUCGGCAAGAGGGAGUCGAGGCUGGUGGACAGGUGGCUGGAGGGCGUCUUCUACGGGAUCCGCGACGACAGCGACGAGGUGUACGUGGCGACGCCGAAUGGCGUGAUGAGAGCCAGGAGUGUCAAGGGGAUGCCAUUGGCAGCGAGGAGUGACAAGGCUCUCUUCUCAGAGCUGCAGGGCGUGCCGUGGAGGGUCUACAUCAGGAAGGGCGUGGAGCUGCGGCGCUACGGGCGCACCCCAGGGGCGCCAAGCUCAUCUGGGACAGCGUCGGGAAGCGUUCCGGCGGCGGCGGACGUGGCCGUGGGCGACGCGGCGGAGAUUGGCGCGCUGCUGGAACAGCUAGGUCUCGACAGCUUGGAUUUGCAGGAAGUGUUCAACCCAGGGGAGUUCGCCAAGGGAGCUCCAAAGUUCAACCUGAAGCCAGGAGUAGUGAUGGACCUCAGGACGGGCUGGGACUUCCGGCUCGAGGAGCAGCGGAAGCGAGCGAGAGCGGAGAUUGAGGAGGGAGACCCUGCCUUCCUCAUCAUGUCUCCUGUAUGCACCCCGUUCUCACAGCUGAUGGAGUUGCUGAAGGCGAGCGGCAAGCGCGACGAGGUCAAGUUGCAGAGGCUGCUCGCGGAGUGCAAGGUCUUCCUGGGCUUCUGUAUGGAGCUGGCGGCCUACCAGCAUUCGAGGGGGAAGUGGUUCCUGUUCGAGCACCCUUGGACGGCGUCAAGCUGGAAAGAGGAGUGCAUCAAGAGCAUCAGGGAGCUGCCCGGCGUCAUAGUGGUCAGGGGCAGCCAGUGUGUGUUCGGAGCCAAGUCAUACUGGCCGGACGGCUCGGAGGGCCUCGUGGCGAAGCCGACGGGCUGGGUGACGAAUAACCGCGAGGUGGCGAAGCAGGCAAUCCUGAAGGGCAUCAGGAACGAGUUGAAGAUCGGAAAAGGGAUCCAUGCGUUCGAGGUUGGCCAGACCGCGGAGGAGCCAGAGAUCCUGGACCAGGCGACCGAGGAGGAGAUGGCGACCUUCUACGACGGGAUCAGCGGUGCGGUGCUGGACCCGAUAGGCGUCAAGAACGCGCGCAUGGACGAGAUGGGCUACAUGAGCAGGCUGGUGGUUGAGUAUCCACGGCAGGCAGAUCGGCGAGUUGCUCAGGUCUACACGGACAGUGACUUCGCAGGCUGCCUGAGGACACGUAAGUCUACUUCAUCGUGUACGGUGAUGAUUGGGAAGCAUUGGAUUAGAAGCAGUUCGACAACCCAAGGGUUCAAUGCUCUAUCUACGGGAGAAGCGGAGUUCCAUGCGCUGGUGAAGGGCGGCAGUAUCGGGCUCGGCCUCAAGACUCUCGCAAAUGACAUGGGUGUAGAUCUCGAGACCGUGCUGAAGUGCGACGCGACGGCGGGCAAGGGCAUCGCUGAAUGUCGUGGAGUCGGACGAGUUCGACACCUUCAUACACCUCUGCUGUGGCUGCAGAGGGCUGUGCAGCAGAAAAAGCUGCGUGUCACCAAGAUAGCAGGUCUCGAGAACAUCAGUGACAUCGGUGCGAAGGAUCUGGACGGGCCCCUGAUUAAGAAGUUCCUGACGAUGAUGGGGUUCGUG